GCUGUGCUCUUGUUACUUGGAAUGGAGUCAAUGCAGACGGUGAAUCGCUCAGAAUGAUACACUCUGCAGAUGGCGUGUCGUUCAUCCGGCUAGUCAAUGGGGACAGUGAGUGUUCGGGGCGUGUGGAGGUACUCCAGAGGAACCAGUGGGGGACGGUGUGUGACCACGGCUGGGACCUGAGGGAGGCUGACGUGGUGUGCCUGGAGCUGGGCUGUGGGCUGGCCGAGAACGCUCUCCGUGGAGCUGCGUUUGGCAGGGGCACCAGAAAGAUCUGGCUGAGGAACGUCCAGUGCUCUGGCCACGAGGCGAGCCUGACGCGAUGUCCCAGGGUCCUCCACAGUUACCUCACCUGCACUCAUGAUAAUGACGCUGGGGUCAAAUGCUCAGGUGAGACUGAGGCCCAGGAGGAUAGCCUGGUACCAAACGGUUUAAACAGAUCCCCAGGCGACAGGAGGCAAGGACACCUCCUAUACUAGUGAGGAUUUGUUAUGGGACAGAAAACAUUUCCAUGUUGGAAUACAUAUGAACAAUGGUAACGGUUAACAAUUGAUAAUAUACGUGUGGUGUGACUGUGUUUUUGUUGUUGUUGUUGAGACAAUGUAUGUGGCUAGGAACUAUCCCUAAUGGGUAUAUAACAUACCGUUGUCCCUGACAGGUACACUGUUGAUGCCCACGCUGUCCCUGCUCUCCCCUCACACUGUCUUCUCUGCCGGGGAGACGGUUCGCUUCAGCUGUACUGUGCUACUGGGCCACCACCUGAAUGACUUCCAUCUGUAUAAGAGGGGCAUAGCCACCCCGUUGGUGACUCAGAGGGUGGACUCUGCCCAGACCAGGGUGGAGCUGACUCUGUCAGACCUGGAGACGACCCACCAGGGCAGCUACAGCUGUCUGUACAGGAUCAAGGGCAGCUCUCCCUCCUCCCUGCUCAGCUCUCCACCCAGCAACUCUAUCAACAUCACUGUGGGUGAGUCAUCUAGGGGCCUGUUCAGUUAGUAAGACACAAAAUGGAAGAAAACAAAAGUGAUUUGCUACCGGUAUGCUCUAACGUUCAGUUGGGCACACCAUAGCAAAAUGUUUUGCAACAUAAAAGGGUGUUUUUAUUGGACAGGUUUGGGACAGAUAAUAGUACCUCCUCGUUUCACUCCAUUUCAAAACAUGUUCUCCUUCCUGAACACUUCACUCUCAUCUUCUAUCAUUUUGGUUUUGUCUUGAGGUCCUGACAUCUUUUCCAGGGAAAAAAACAACUUGUUUUGUCAUUUGGAUCUAUCCUGUAACUCAAUGACAGUCAAAUUGACCCCCCCCCCCCCCCCCCCCCCCCGUCUCCCUCCCAUCUCUCCAGUGGAGCUGCACACCCCUCAGCACUGGUACAACACGUCCAUCGAGGCUCCCACAGGCUCUGUCAUCAAAGGCCACAGCUUCACCAUCACCUGCUCCGCCGAGCAGCAGUACCCUGGAGGUAGCUUGAUUGAUUUAUUGGGAUUCAUUUUACAAUUUAAGAAAAUACUAAUUGGGCUGGUUUCUUGAAAAGAUUGUACCUAGUCCUGGACUAAAAAGUAAUUUCAAUUGAGAUUCUCCAGUCAGCAAGCUUUUUAGUCUAGGGCUAAGCUGUGUACAGGAAACCUGUCCAUAGAGCCAAUAACAAGCAGUACAUAGCUACAGUUAAAAAACGAUCAAGUCAUAUUAUCUUAUUUUCCUUACUAAGGGUCUUUCCAGCUGCGUCUGAUCCGUUCCAACGGCACGGUGCGCCAGUCGCUGCCCGCCCUCUCUCCCUCCGUCACCUUCACCUUCUCAAACGCACAGCGCUCCAACGAGGGCUACUAUUACUGCCUCUACAGGGUCCAGCUGGGCGGGAGAACCUUCGUGUCCCGGGAGAGCCAACCGCUCCCCAUCUCCAUCAGAGGUAAGGGCGUGCUACUCAGCAUCUAAGGCAGUAGCCUGGUCCCCAGAUGUGUUUGUGCUGUAUGGCCUACUCCUAUGGUUGUUGAGUUGCCGAGACAACACAAACAUAUCUGGAACCAGGCUACUAGGGCACCACAAUGCCUCAGGCCUCGUGGAUUGGAUCGAUUUAGAACUGUUAUCUGAAUGUAUUUUUUUGUUGUUGUCAUGGAUUAUCACAUUCUUCAAUUCUAAUGCAAAGAAACAAACACUGAGAUGAUCAUACAAAUAGAUUGUCUAGUGUUGUAAUGAAUGAUACGAUAUACACUCUAAUGUAAACUGUUUAUUUUCCAUUUUCAUAUAUAAUGACUGGUUGUGGCUAUAAAUUUACAUUUUAGUCAUUUAGCAGACGCUCUUAUCCAGAGCGACUUACAGUUAGUGAGUGCAUACAUUUUCAUACUGGCCCCCCGUGGGAAACGAACCCACAACCCUGGCGUUGCAAGCGCCACGCUCUACCAAUAUUCAUGUUUGUUUGUUGUACAUCGUUGGUUGCGUCCACCCCCUCAGACCUGGAAGAUAUCAACCGUAAUAUAAAACAUUGAUCACUUCUCAUAUUGUCUGUCUGUCCAUCUGGGUUGUGUCCUCCUCAUCAGACCCAGACCCAGUGU